AUGUUCCGCAACGCCCUCCGACAGUCGACGCGCGCCGUCGGCGCCGUCUCUGCUGCCGGCAGAGUCGCUGCCAUCCGAAAUGCCGCACCUGCCGUCUACAGCGCCACGUCGAUCCAGACUCGCUCAUACGCCGACGCCAAGGCAUCCCCGACCGAGGUUUCUUCCAUCCUCGAGCAGAGGAUUCGUGGUGUCCAGGAGGAGGCUGGUCUCGCCGAGACCGGCCGCGUCCUUUCCGUCGGUGAUGGUAUCGCCCGUGUUCACGGUAUGGCCAACGUCCAGGCUGAGGAGCUCGUCGAGUUCGCCUCCGGUGUCAAGGGCAUGUGCAUGAACCUCGAGGCCGGCCAGGUCGGUGUCGUGCUUUUCGGUUCUGACCGUUUGGUCAGGGAGGGUGAGACCGUCAAGCGUACCGGAGAGAUUGUCGACGUUCCCGUCGGUCCCGAGCUGCUCGGUCGUGUCAUCGACGCCCUCGGUAACCCCAUUGACGGCAAGGGCCCCAUCAACGCCAAGGAGAAGCGCCGUGCCCAGCUCAAGGCCCCCGGCAUUCUGCCUCGCCAGUCCGUCAGACAGCCCGUCCAGACCGGUCUGAAGUCCGUCGACGCCAUGGUUCCCGUCGGCCGUGGUCAGCGUGAGUUGAUCAUUGGUGACCGUCAGACCGGAAAGACUGCCGUCGCCCUCGACGCCAUCCUCAACCAGAAGCGUUGGAACUCUGGCAACGACGAGACCAAGAAGCUCUACUGCGUCUACGUCGCCGUCGGCCAGAAGCGUUCCACCGUCGCCCAGCUCGUCAAGACCCUCGAGGAGAACGACGCCAUGAAGUACUCCAUUGUCGUCGCCGCCACCGCCUCCGAGGCCGCUCCCCUCCAGUACAUCGCUCCCUUCACCGGUGAUCAUUACCUACAACAAUUUGCUAACUUACUUCUUGCCUCCAUCGGGGAAUGGUUCCGUGAUAACGGAAAGCACUCUUUGAUCAUCUACGACGAUCUGUCGAAGCAGGCCGUCGCUUACCGUCAGAUGUCUCUGCUGCUUCGCCGCCCCCCCGGUCGUGAGGCCUACCCCGGUGACGUUUUCUACCUCCACUCUCGUCUCCUCGAGCGUGCCGCCAAGAUGAACGACAAGCUCGGCGGUGGUUCCAUGACUGCCCUGCCCAUUAUCGAGACCCAGGGUGGUGACGUUUCUGCCUACAUUCCCACCAACGUCAUUUCCAUUACCGAUGGCCAGAUCUUCUUGGAGGCCGAGCUCUUCUACAAGGGUAUCCGCCCCGCCAUCAACGUCGGUCUUUCCGUCUCGCGUGUCGGUUCCGCCGCCCAGGUUAAGGCCAUGAAGCAAGUCGCCGGUUCCCUGAAGCUCUUCUUGGCCCAGUACCGUGAGGUCGCUGCCUUCGCCCAGUUCGGUUCCGACUUGGACGCCUCCACCAAGCAGACCCUCAGCAGAGGUGAACGCUUGACCGAGCUCCUCAAGCAGAAGCAGUACUCCCCCAUGGCCGUCAACGAGAUGGUUCCCCUCAUCUACGCCGGUGUCAACGGUCACCUCGACAGCGUCCCCGUUGCCAAGAUCCUCCAGUGGGAGGCUGACUUCCUCAGCCACCUCCGCACCAACGAGGCUGACGUCAUGGCCACCAUCGACAAGGAGGGUGCCCUUAGCAAGGACCUCGAGGCCCGCCUCAAGGACAUCAUCACCACCUUCACCAAGAGCUUCCUGGGUUAA